GAGAAGGACCUGAGAGCUGGACAGACAGGUUUCGAUCCAUUUCCCUAAUAACAACAUCUACCACAGCUAGCCAGCCGCAGACUCUGUACGCCUCCAGCAUGACAGGCAACAGCGUUGGCAACUUCACCACAGUACUCAGCAGUCGCCUGCAGGAGCGGCAGAGCCUGAGGUACCAGGAUAGCCAGCAGUCUCCGCUGAAGCGAUUCCAGCCGCAGUUCCAGGACCUUCAGCUGAAAUCUUUCCACGAGGCCGUGGAGAACUGCCAAAGACGAUACAGCGACCAGGCUUUGGCUCAGCAGCAGCAGCAGCAGCAGCAGCAGCAGCAGCAGCAGCAGCAGCAGAGAGCUCAGCAGAGCUACACAUCCUUGUCGCAGCAAGGCUUCCGUCUCAACAUGAAACCGAACAAACCCAUGACAAUCGCCUCGCAGAUGAAGCAACCCCUGAGCCUACAGCAUCACCUAUCCAGGACGCAACGACAGCCGCGAUUGCCCAGCCCUCCUGUCCUUUUUCCGAGCGAUCUUCGAGAUGAACCAGACUCACAUUCUGGGGAGAAACCUGACUCGCCUGUCUUCCACGACUUGGUCACUAGCGACUUGCUGUCAGAUCUCUUUGCUGACCCGCUGUUGGUUGAAAGAAUAGCUAUCCGUCAGAUCCGACAGCAGGUCCUGGCUAGCCACGCCAACAACGUCAUGAGGGACACAGCCAUGAGCGCACUCAGAGACUCCGUCUACUGCAACGAUCUGGAGUACUACUCCUCGCUGUACCGCCUCAAGAUCAAGGAUCUACUCCUAUGCUCCUCACAGACAGACAGCACGGAAGUCUCGGCAGGUGACCGAACUUGUGGGCUGAUGGGCAGAACCGACGUCGACAAGACAAGGAUGUCGUGCUCUCGCAGUCACAUGACCAAUGACGGACGCUGCGUGUCCCCCAAGAGGGACAAUCUGGUUGACCGCUUCAGCAGGCGUUGGCGAGACGCUCUGAACAAAAUCCUGGACACCAACUGGACGACACGACGCCAGUUUGGGGACAUCGUGUUGCCUAACUCGUUGUCGGAGUUUAACAUCAGCCAGGUGGAGUACCCGCUGGUGCUGGGGUUCACUACCGACGGCUGCGAGGUGGCUGUCCUCAUUCUAGAGAAGUCCCAGGCCUACAUAGAUCCCUACCUGCUGGACAUCAUGUGUGACCCGGAACUUGACCAUCACUUUAUCCUCAGAUGCAAG